AUGGCAUCAAAGUUGUCUCACAUUUCUCUCUUCACAUGCACUCUUCUCUUCGUCCUCCUUUCUCUCCUCGCCCAUGCAACUUCAUCAGAAACCCACAACAACAAAAUUACCUCGUCUCCAUUCGAGUUCCUUGAGCAUCUCAAGAGGUGCCACAAGGGUGACAAGGUCCAAGGCAUCCAAGACCUCAAAAAAUACCUUGGAAAAUUUGGUUACUUGAGCAGCAACAAUGGUCACCUCAAUGACGAUGAUUUUGACGACCAAUUGGAGUCUGCCAUCAAAACUUACCAAAUUAAUUACCACCUCAAAGCCACCGGAACAUUGGAUGCGAAAACCGUAUCCAACAUGAUGAUGCCACGUUGUGGUGUUGCAGAUAUCAUCAAUGGUACCUCCUCCAUGCGAUCAGGCAAAAAAAGGCACCGUCACCAUCCCCACGGAGGACACACAGUUGCUAAUUAUUCUUUCUUCGAAGAAAACCCAACAUGGCCGGCCUCUAAGUAUCACCUCACCUAUGCUUUUCUUCAAGGCACCCCAGCUGAGGCCAUGGGCCCAGUUUCCAGUGCUUUUCAAACAUGGGCCGCCAACACACACUUCACCUUCAGUGAGGCACAGAACAACCAGAACCCAGAUCUGACGGUCAGUUUUAACAGGGGCGAUCAUGGAGAUGGGACCCCAUUUGAUGGGCCAGGUGGGACCAUAGCCCAUGCAUUUGCGCCGACAAAUGGGAGACUUCAUUACGACGCUGAUGAGCGGUUUUCCGUGGGCGCCGUGAGUGGUGCUUAUGACUUUGAGACUGUGGCUUUGCAUGAAAUAGGGCACCUUCUUGGGCUCGGGCAUAGCUCUGUUCAAGGAGCUAUUAUGUUCCCCUCUGUCCGCGCUGGAGUGACCCAACAGAGCUUGCAUGGAGAUGAUAUUCAAGGAAUUAAAGCUUUAUACAACACUUGA